CCGCCCCCUCCCUAUUUCCCUUCUUGUUCAAUUAAUUAGCAUUAAAAAGGUGCCAUCAAGUCUCACAUGAAAGACGAAAUGCUCCACACACAUUUCAGCUUUCAAGUUUCAACCCCUCCCCUCCUACACAUUUUGUCCAUUAGAUUCAAUCUGUCAAGCUUCCCAAAUCUUUCAAUAUCUACUAAUUAAACUCUCUUCCUUGUGUUUCUCCUCAUUUCCUGCCCCAUGCUUCCCCUUUUAACCCUUCUGCUGCUACUCAUUCUCCAUGGCCUGGAAAGUUUCCCACUUGGUUUUCACCAUUCUUUGGCUCUCCCUUCUCUUGUUAUUGCUUCAUGAAUUUAACAAUUUCAAGUUCAAAAUUAAUAGCAAACAAACCAGCUCCAUAACAUUUUCCUCGUUUUCUCAUAACCCUUUGAUCAGUCGAAAAGUUGGUGCUAGCAAAUUUGACUUCACUCCAUUUCAAAAGCAUCAUCAACAGGAGCAGGCUAAACAUCCUCCAAACAUGAAAAAACAAUCGGAGCUUGCUGAUAAAGAGAUUGAUCCACGUUAUGGUGUCGAAAAGCGCCUUGUACCGACUGGUCCGAACCCAUUGCAUCAUUGAUGAUUAUUAUUAUUUCUGA